AUGCGCCGUGUUCCCCUUCAUCCUCCUCCUUCUCCUCCUUCUCCUCCUCUUGCCUUCGCCUACAUCCAUUUCCCACCCGCUGCCAUGUUUCGCACUGCUCGAACCAAGCUCCGUCCUGCCGAGGCCGGCGCAAUGCGCUCACUCGCACAUGCAAAGACGAGCCCCUCCUUCGUCAUCAGUGCCCGCAAUCCUCGUCCUCUCUCCACCAUCACCCGCCAGCCCGUCACAUACACGCCUCUGAAGACCCAGACCUUCUUCCAGCGCCGCGCCUUCAGUGCCACCAGCAGCAUCAUGGCCAACACCCGCACCGAGACGGAUGCCUUUGGCCAAGUUCAAGUCCGCGCAGACCGGUACUGGGGAGCCCAGACGGAGCGCUCUCUGGAGAACUUCAAGAUCAAUCAGCCCCAGGACCGCAUGCCCCCGCCGAUUGUGCGCGCCUUUGGCAUCUUGAAGGGCGCGGCUGCCACAGUCAACAUGAAGUACGGCCUGGAUCCCAAGAUUGGCAAGGCGAUUCAGCAGGCGGCUGAGGAAGUCGCCUCCCUCAAGCUCAUCGACCACUUCCCUCUCGUCGUCUGGCAGACGGGCUCAGGCACACAGUCCAACAUGAACGCAAACGAGGUCAUCUCCAACCGUGCCAUUGAGAUUCUGGGGGGCACCAUGGGCAGCAAGAAGCCUGUCCACCCCAACGACCAUGUCAACAUGUCUGCCUCCUCCAACGACACCUUUCCUACCGUCAUGCACAUCGCCGCUGUUCUCGACUUUGAGGAGUCCCUCCUCCCAGCCCUUGCUAGCCUGCGCGACGCACUCAAGAAGAAGAGCCAGCAGUGGGAGAACUUGAUCAAGAUUGGCAGGACUCACUUGCAAGACGCGACGCCCCUGACGCUCGGUCAAGAGUUCUCUGGCUACGUCCAACAGCUCGACUUUGGCAUAGAGCGCAUCAAGAGCUCGCUUCCCCGCCUCAAGAUGCUCGCUCAGGGUGGCACAGCCGUUGGGACGGGUAUCAACACGUUCAAGGGCUUUGCCGAGGACAUUGCAUCCGAGGUUAGCAAGAUGACUGGCCAUGACUUCGUCACGGCCCCGAACAAGUUCGAAGCCCUGGCAGCUCACGAUGCAAUCGUCGAGGCUCACGGCCAGCUCAACACCCUCGCCACUUCCCUCUUCAAGAUUGCACAGGAUAUCCGCUUCCUCGGCUCCGGUCCACGCUGUGGUCUUGGUGAGCUCAAGCUCCCCGAGAACGAGCCCGGGUCGUCCAUCAUGCCCGGCAAGGUCAACCCCACUCAAUGCGAAUCCCUGACCAUGGUUUGCGCUCAGGUCUUUGGAAACCAGGCUGCCACCACCUUUGCCGGUUCCCAGGGUAACUUUGAGCUCAAUGUCUUCAAACCGGUCAUGAUCCGCAAUCUGCUGCACAGCUCGCGUCUGCUUGCAGAUGCCAUGACUAGCUUCGAGAAGAACCUCGUUGCUGGUUUGGAUGCGGAUGAGAAGCGCAUUAGCUCCAUCAUGAAUGAGAGUCUUAUGCUGGUAACCUGCCUUAACCCCGUCAUCGGUUACGAUGCUGCCAGCAAGACCGCAAAGCACGCCCACAAGAACGGCCUCACACUUAAAGAGGCAGCGCUCAAGCUCGAGGUCAUCAGCGAAGCGGAUUUCGACAAAUAUGUGCGACCAGAGUUGAUGAUCAACCCAAGCGAUUACAAGCCCAAGCAGUAA